CUUUCUAACAUCAGAAAGUUGGAAAAAUUUGUAUUUUACCGCUAUUUAGAUGUCAUCAAUUGUUACUAAAGUACCGAUUUUGAGUGAAAUCAGUUGAGUUUUGUACAGUGGUGUUUGAAAUGUUGAGAAUCAAUAACACAGCCAAGAUAGUAAUGCAGCAAUGUGUGUGUGUGUAGUAUGGAUACUUUAUUUCAUUUCGCGAUUUCUAGCUCUCCAGCUCCGAUCGGUUCCUAUACUCGACCUCGGGCUAGCCUAACCUAGCGGCCUACCUCGACGUCGUCAGCGCGCCUCUGAUCAGAAAUUUACCGCCGCUGCACUCCGCGAAGAUGUCGUCUCUUGUGCUGAUAACAGAACGCAUCCAGCGAUCUAUUGCAUUCAUUUUAACGAGGGAAGAUGUUCCUGAAGUUACCAAAAGAGAAUUCAAGCAGAUCCUAGAAGCAGAGGGGAACAAGAAAGAUAGCGAACCACGAGCAAUUCCGUUCUCCUGUGUUCAAAAAUUGCAUCAGCUGUCAAAUGGCAACAGCUCAAAACCUGUGUAUCUCCAUGAACUACUUGAGGGAGCAGAUGUAUAUCAUCCACCCUUGAGAGAACCAGAAAGGAACCCUGAACUAGUUGCUAGACUGGAGAGGUUACAGGCUGAACAAGAGGAUAGGGAGUACAGACGCAUGACAAAGAAUGUGAAAAUUAAAACUUAUGGAGAAAGUCCAUUAGCACAAGUGGGACAAGAAGUUCGGACAUUCCAAGUUCAGAUGAUGGGGAUUUUCAACGUUGUCUUAACCAUUGGAGGUGGCUUUGUGUUUGGGUACAUGGCUGCUCUAUAUCAAGACCAGCCUAUUAUAUGGCGAGUUACAGCCGGACUCAUAUUGGCAUUCAUAGUAGCUGUAGCGGAUCUCUAUUUCUUCAUCAAACAUGAAGUAUAACAGCAUCAUGUGGCAGCAUACUUGAGACACAUUAUAUUAUGUGAAGUUGACAUUCCAUGGACAAA